AUGUCUUUGCUUAUAAAAGAGCCCUCUUCUUCAUUUCUUGUAUCAUCGCUUUCCUGUCCACUGAAUCCUGCACCCCAGGUCUGCCACAAAUCCUACACACAAUUCAGCAAUCUCUGUAGACAUAAAAGACUACACAAACGGUGCAGCCAACCGCUCGAUUGUUCCGCCUGUGGCCAUGCAUUCGGUACCAACUAUUCUUUGUUACGUCACCAAUCUCUCGGACUCUGCCUCGGCCACGCCGUAUCGACACAACAUCUGCCACAACCAGAUCCCGCUCAUUCGUCAUGUUUUCGGUCUUCAUCACCCGCCCAUUAUGUUGCUGCCCUUCCAACCUCCCAUGAAGCGGGUCCAGUCAGUUUGGGCCUCUCCCGUCCGAACUGGGCACAAGAAUCGGCCAAUCCCAGCCAGGAUUGUGGAAUUCCACUCGCUGAAGAUCCAAGGCUCUUGCCUUCACAGCUUCUGCCGUCCGUAAAACCAGAGACCCCAUCAUUCGGACCGGCCCGACUCAACUCGGCCUACCAUCACGGGUCUGUCGAGUCUUCGAAUCUGCUCAUCCAAACUCACGACUUGCGAGCAACCAAGUCAGCUGGGGCUCUGCGGACUGCCAGUCUGAGCAAUGGUCGACUCCACGGUCAGGCGAGUACCAUCAGUUCGGCCUUGCGCUAUGCCCAACAUGAGGGCAAAAUCAGGACUCGACUUGUGCGAAGUCUUAGUUGGCCGUACUGCUCGGACGCAGGUGCAAGCAGGUCUCGAGGGAGUUGGGCAAUUUCAACCUGUCCAAUCACCGUCCGUCAGACCAGAAGCCACAGCUGGCCUACUCGAAGUGUGAAGGAAAACUGGGCCACUCAGGCCCCAGGACCGAGUCUCAACAGAGAAUCCGCGAAACCAGUUCUUGCGGCCUUAGACUGUCAGAAUCCGCGAAGAGUCCAUCCGCAACUGUACUGUUCAGAAGCGGAUCGUCUGGUUUCCAGUUGCACUGUCACCUCAGAGAGGACGUCUUGCAUGAGGGCACAAGUGUCACGAGAUCCCAAAGAGCCUAGAUUGUCGCGGCAGACUGUAGAUCGACGUCCAACAAUUGCACUUGGAAGUCUUCUGCCGUCUGGUGCAUACGACGAAGACUGCGAGCUGCCGGAAGUCCUUCGAGAGAACAAGCACCGGCAACUGCAACCGUCGUCAUGGCCACUGGACGUGGGACUGAGUGAAGCAAAGACAAAUGGUUUCCAGGGAGGC